AUGCGUUCCAACAUACUCUCCACCACUGCUCUUCUCGUCGCUAGUUUGUUUGCUGCUGUCCAUGCAGAUAUGGCCGUGCGUAUAUACCAAACCCUUGCCUAUUAUCCAUUGCAGAGUCUAACCAUCGUACUCUGCAGUGGAAUGUACUGUACACGAACGACAGUGACGGACGCUAUUACUUCCUUGAUUCAGACAACGGCAAGAUUGUGUGUCGAAGCAGUGAAAGCCAACCAUGAUAAGGGAAUGCGCUUCAGAUGGGGUGGAGAUGAUACUUUCGUCACCUGUCAAGCACAUUCGGAUCACAUGCUUGGGUUUGACACUGGUGCACAGGCGUUUAAGGCAGAUUUCGCUAAGUCGCACACCGAUGCACUAGUCUCCAUUCACUACGAUAAGGCGCCGCAGAAGGCUUAUAUAUGCCUUGGAGAUAACUGCAUUGGUGCUAAUGCUAGCCCGACGAAUCAACAUUAUCUGUGGUAUUUCGAAGCAGUUCCAGGAGCCUGA